CGACAGCCCAAACGACUGAUGACCCCCUACGGCAUCAGCCUUUGUUCCUCUCGUCCCUAAAGUCCCGGCGACAGCGUCCUGCCCUGUCCCCGGAUGUAUUCGUCAAUGCAACCCGCCCGGUUGCUGUCGAGCUCCGUCCGACCCUGUCGAUUCGUCGCGCACCGCCGUUACCCUGCCGCCGUCGUUGCCUCGCGUCGCUUCCAUAUCUCUCGACUCCUCCGCUCGUCGACCCCGGCCGGCUCAGAUCCUCGUGCAGGCAGAGAUUCCACGUCCGAGAAUGUAAGCGGCCCUGCGUCGACGGUCAAUCCCGGACAGAAUGUCUCGGAGCAGCGGACGGCAACGACGACGCCCGUUGCCCCGUCCGCCGCGGAAGAGCAGCAGUCGGUGAAGAAAGAAUCGAGCCCCUACGGCUCUGCGAUCCGUCGCGCCCUUCGGAACAAGAAACCCGCGAAAGAAUGGACCGCCCCCGUCGCUACCGUCCCCGAUUGGUUCUACGAGCGGAAUACCGUGGUCAACGGGGAUGAGGAGCGCCAGGUGGCAGCGCAGGCUCCGCAGCAGGUGAAGAUUGCCCCGUCGCUGACGGAGGCGGAUCGAACGCAGGCGGAUGCGGUCGCGCAAGGCGGCGGCAGCGGUGAUGACAACGGGGGACCUGCGCCGUCGUCAGAUGGAGCGCCUGGAAAUGAGAACAGGUAUGCCUUGACCGAGGCGCUGUGGCAGGAGCUUUGUGCCUCGGCCAGGGCGGGUCUACGACUUCCGCCCGCGAAGUACGCAGCGGAGCCGUCGGCGCGCAAGUCGCAUCUCGUCCUGCAGUACCCCGGCCACGACGGGAUCUUGUUCUUGGAUGCGGUGGUGAAGAGGUUGGCGCAGGAGCUGGGUGCGGACCUGGUGACGCUGAACGCUCAGGAUAUCGCUCAGCUGUGCAGUGAGCAGGAUCUGGAAUCUGUCGGGACGACGUCGCCGAUCCGGUCGUUGGGGUAUGAGGUGUACCGACCGGCGAUGUCGGACGCUUGGCAAGAUGUUGGGGAGGAAGGGGAAUCCGACGAUGCGGACGCCAUGGAGAGUGCGAUGCCGUCACGCAGCUACCGGCCUGGGCUUGCGGGUCCGAAAUUCAUCACCAUUGAAAGUUCCCGCGGAGGUGCUGGGGACAUUCCUCUUCCCAUGCCGAUGGGUCUCAAGUCUUUGGUGGCUGCCUUCAACGCCCCGAUGGAUGGCUCUGGAGGCUCUGCAUCGUCGCAAAACGGCAAAGAUCGAGCCGAGGACAUGCGACUUCGACUGAUCAACGAGCUUCUUUCCUCGCCUACGAAGCCUUCCCGACAAGCAGACAAAGCAACCCCGGAGGAAGAGGGGGAAUCCCAUGCGAUCAAGAAUGAAAACACCGCGCCCACACAGACCCGCGAUAUCAUUGUGCAGGUGCAGGAUUAUGGCGAGAUUCAGAGCACGCGAGAAGGCGCUCGGUUCAUCCAGUUGUUGCAAAAAGCUAUCCAAGAUCGGAGAAAGGCUGGAUCCCGAGUUCUGUUCGUCGGUACCGCCUCACAAGACGCCACGCCCGACUCGGAUGCAUCGCGGUUGAUGCAGAACGCCUUCGACGAUCAGUUUUCGCAGAUGCUUGUGGUUACUCCUGCCAUGGGCUCGGAUAUGGCAGAGAGGACAUUUACCGAUGACCGCAAGAAGCGGACUCUCGAGAUUAACAUCCGCCAUCUGCAGGACAUGUUCCGAACACGACUGCACGAAACCCCUUCAGCGUUGAAGGAUGACAUCUUUUCCGACCGUGCCUGGCCGCUCGACGCCUCCCUUGUGAAGGAAUCCGGCCUCGAGGACCGCUACUGGACAUACAGCCAAGUGCACUGGGCUACUACCCUUGCACUUGGAAACCUGAAACCGGAGGAAUCCUUCGGCUUCGACCACAUUCGGCAAGGAAUCGAGAUGAUGCAAAAGACGGAGCGCAUCCGAGGGGAUUGGUUGCAAGAGAAGACGCCCAAGGCGAAGCACACCGAGACGGGCAACGAACGGGAGCGACUCAUUAACUCCCUCCGGAAAACAUGCAAUACCCACGAGAAGAAGCUACUAAACGGCGUGGUCGAUGCGAAGAGUCUCCGGACCACGUUCGAAGACGUCCAUGUCCCGCCCGAGACCAUCGAUGCCUUGAAGACGCUCACGUCGCUCUCACUUAUCCGCCCCGAAGCUUUCACCUACGGUGUCCUUGCCACCGACAAGAUCCCGGGUCUCCUUCUGUACGGCCCCCCUGGUACGGGUAAGACGCUCCUGGCCAAGGCCGUCGCCCGCGAAAGCGGUGCUACCGUACUGGAGGUCAGCGGCUCGGAGGUGUAUGACAUGUACGUCGGAGAGGGCGAGAAGAACGUCAAGGCCAUCUUCACGCUCGCCAAGAAGUUGAGUCCCUGCGUGGUCUUCAUCGACGAGGCGGACGCCAUCUUCUGCUCGCGAACCGGCGCCAGCAGCCGCACUUCCCACCGGGAGCUGAUCAACCAGUUCCUGCGGGAAUGGGACGGAAUGAACGAUCUCUCUGCCUUCAUCAUGGUUGCCACCAACCGACCCUUCGAUCUGGAUGAUGCCGUCCUGCGACGUCUGCCCCGGCGACUCUUGGUCGAUCUCCCCACCGAGCAAGACCGUCAUGCCAUUUUGAAAAUCCAUCUCAAGGAAGAAACGCUUGAUGGCUCCGUCGACCUCGCCGAACUCGCCCGUCGCACGCCCCUCUACUCCGGAUCCGAUUUGAAGAACCUGUCUGUCGCCGCGGCGCUGGCCUGCGUUCGCGAGGAAAACGCCCUCGCCGCUCAGCAUCAAGGCGAAGAGCCGUAUCAGUACCCGGAGCGACGCACUUUGACCUGGACUCAUUUCGAGCGUGGAAUGGAGGAAAUCAGCGCAUCCAUUAGCGAGGACAUGUCGUCGCUGUCGGCGGUUCGCAAGUUCGACGAGCAGUACGGCGACCGCAAGGGACGACGCAAGAAGAGUCCCGGAUGGGGAUUUAUGCCUGCUGCGACGGAGGAGCCUGACACAGACGCUGCGCGCGUGCGGACAUGAAAAGUAUGACGGUUUCAUAGACAUGAAUUUGGUGUUUCAAUUUGAGGUUUUGUUCCAGUGGAUUUUGCUACAUGCUUUUUAUAGAAGAGGAGGUCAGAUGGGAUAUUUUGGACGAUCUUGUAUUUUUAGCGAUAUCCUGUACACUAGGUAUAUAAUCCUUUCAUCCACAG